ACACAUAUUGAGAGGUUUUGCCAAACAGACCACAGAGUUUCUGAGCUGCAGGAGGGGUAACCGCCGCCACAGCCAUGGCCGAAUCCCAGCUUAUGUGCAUGGAAGACGGCCACAUCGGAGCCAGUGUCCCGGAGACUAAACCGGAGUUUUACUACAGCGAGGAGCAGCGCGCUGCCAUCGAGGAGCUCCUCAAGAACGGCGACGGUGCCUUCAAAACAAGACUCAAAGAUGACAACAUGAAAGACUUUCUAUCGGCCAGAGAAGUCAAAGUGUUGUUGAGCACUUUCAAACAGUAUGACUCGGGUAAUGACAGCAACAGCAGCAGCAGCAGCAGCAGCAAAGCCACACAGUCCAAGUCGGAUCAGGGAGCCGCCGGCACCGACGCGGAUGAUUCGGGGGUCCAUUCCACCUACUGGCCCCAGAUGUCGGACACCCAGGUGCCGCCGCUGGAUAUCGGCUGGACCGGCGGGGGUCUGUUCAAAGGGGUGACCCGGGUGGUCGUGCACACACAUCCGCCUAAAGAUAAUGGACCUCACAUCAAAGAGGUGGUGCGGCGGCUCAUACAGGAGGCCAACAAGGUGAUAGCGAUAGUGAUGGACAUGCUCACAGACGUCCAGAUCCUGCAGGACCUGAUGGACGCGGCCUGGCGACGCUCCGUGCCCAUUUACAUCUUGUUGGAUCACCAAGGCGUGCCACACUUCCUGGAUAUGUGCUCCAGGCUGCAGAUUGGCUCACAGCACCUGCGGAACAUCAGAACCAGGACGCUGCAGGGAACCGGAUUCGGUUUGUCCUUCGGCAGACUGCCUGGUUCACUCUGUAACAAGUACAUGCUGGUGGACGGAGAAAAAGUCAUGUUCGGCUCCUACAGUUUCUCCUGGUGUACAUCUCGUAUGGACCGAAACAUGAUCACCGUGAUGACGGGGCAAGUGGUUGACUUCUUUGACCGGGACUUCCGUGAAAUGUACGCCAUCUCUGAGAAGUUGGACCUCUACAAGGAGUUCCACGUUAGCCCGCCUGCUGCUAACGUGACCGCUACAAUACGAUCCAAAGCGGGGCCCAAACGCCCGCCUCUGCCAGCCACCACGUCCCGUUUCCAGGUCAGCUUAGGGGAUUCUCGGAAAGCCAAAAUCCAGGUGCCUGCUCACAAAUACUACAACCCCAAAUACUCGCUGGUGUUUGGGGACAUCCCACGUCCAACAGGGUCUCUGCAGGGGCCAGGACCUAAGAGGGGCUCACUCCUGGCUGAGGCUCCCGAGGAGAUACACGAGGGGAGGCCACGACAGGCCAGUAGUGAGAGGACGGGCCAGCUGAGUCCGGUGCCAUCAGAAGCCCCGAGUGAAAGUUUCAAGAGGCCCAAUGGACUCACGCAGGACAAGAAGAGGCAGCUCACAUGGACGCAGAAAUUAUUCAGGAAGAAAUUGUCCAGUAAGCCUUCAUCCAACAGCCCUGCAGACAGCACAUGUCCUUCACCCACAGAAACCAACCGGGCCGAUGAGAACGAAGACAACUAUGAGGUGAUCGUGAAAUCUCCAUCCAAAUGGAAGACGAAGAAGCCGUCUAAACUGGGCCGGAAGACAGAGUCUGAGCAAACUGUCGCUGCACAGGACAAUGAGAGUGUUAAGAGUCGACGUCGAAAAAAACAAGAAUGUAAUGUGUCCUGAGGUGAACCUGCCAUUCUCUGACGACAGAAAGCAGUCACGCAGGCUUGAGAUGGAUUACAAAAAUAACUUUCUUAACACUAAUGACACUUUUGUUUGUGCAAUAUUGUAUGUGCCUUACAGAAAGAAAAGAUCAAUCAGGUUGUGAUGCAUUCUGUUUUUAUGUUUAGUGCCAAAUGUAAAAUGAAAAUUCAAAGUCUUAAGGGAUAUCUAUUUCCCUGGGAGAGUGCAGAAAGGUUUAAAUGAGAUAUUUCCCGGUGAUCACUUGAGUCUUGUUUGCUCUGAGCCUCUUUUUGGGGCUUCAGGGAUUUAGGGAUAACUGCUUCCCUGCUGGACCCUGAGUGCAUAGGUUUAUAGUGUACAUUUUAGUGCACAAAAUGUGAAAUAAGUUUGCACAAAUCUUCUUCAUCUGUUUAGAGAAUAUAUUGAAAUGAGGUUGUCGGAGGUUGCAAAUCGAACAUUUUAAUUCAAACAUCCAAUUCUUAGAUGAAUGAUUUUUCCCUGAUCAGGAAUUAUCUGUAACCAUGAACCAUACCUGACCUCUGAAGAACUAACUCUGCUGAAAGAUCCAAAAUGGGCAAGAACCACUCUUAUCAUGAGCAACCUAAAGCAGGUCAUAUUCAAACCUCGGAUGAUUGUUACCUUUGCUUAAAAAAGAAAGAGGAAUCAUCAGAGAGAAAUCAUGAAAAAAAGAAGUUAAGGUGAGUAAAUCUCACCUUGUAUUACCCCUUAGGUGGUGUUGUGGGCCGUUAUGUGUGUACUUUUUCCGUGUUGUCACUUCUCUGCAAAUGAAUGUUACCAAGAAUUUCUGUGAAUGUUUUUUUGUUGCACUAAUACAUUGUGGGAUCUUUUGUUCAUUGUGCUUACUAAAUGGUCUCAGAUAAGUAAAGCUUUAAAAGGUAUGAGGAAGAUUUUUUAUUUUUAAAUAUUUGGAUUGUUUAGUGGAUGACUGAAUUUAAACAGGAGGACCACAUGAUCAAAGCAUUUAAAAAUGUGU